UAACCUUAUCGUUCUCGUCCGGACAGUCGUCGGCGCAAGCACGUGUGAAGUUUUCGUUUCCACUUAAGUAUUGUUAUUAAGUUCAGUGUUUUUUUUUAUUAUAUUUCACCAUUAACCACAAUGCUGAUGUGAGAAGAUAUGAAAUUGAAUCACUUUCAGAAAGUCUUCAUUGGAUGGUGAGUACAAACCAAAUAUGACCGACCCUAUUUACACUGGAUCAUAGGUCAUUGGCUAUAUCGGGUGGUCUUUAUUCGUUUGUCCUGUCGAAACGUUACAUCGAUUCCAAACGAUAUGACAGCAUGAAAGCAAGAGAACGGAUGCGAUUAUCUAACGUUGGCGAAUACACACCGAGUGAAAGAAAAUUGUAAUAGGAAGUUUCACGUGUUACGAACAACAACAUGGCUGCAGCUUCCAUCCCGAUGCCACAGAAUCUGUCUAACCUCCAGCAAGUGGAGUUGGACAUGAUGGCUGACAUGUACAGUCGUAUGACCGAGUCCUGCAGGAAGAAAUGUGUGAAACCCGAACACAAGGUGGGCGAUCUGAACAAAGGCGAGAGCGUGUGUUUGGAUCGAUGUAUUGUCAAGUAUCUCCAAAUGCAUGAAAAUGUCGGCAAGAGCUUAAGACUUGACUUCAACGCCAAAUAAUAUAUGUAUUAAUCAUGUCGUAAUAGUCUUAUACUUGUACUAAUAGAAAUACUGUGGGUUUUUUUUUUUUAGUACUAUUUAAGUUUGUAAUUAAUAUCGGCCAUUUCUGGACAAAACAAAAUCGUACUGUUGUCAUUUUAUUAAGUUCUACGUAGAUGUUAUUAAUUUUCAGAUAGUCUGGAAAUAUCAAAAUAAAGGUUUUAUUAUUUAAAU